AUGGAAAAGCGAUUGACAGGUGCACAAACGAAGGCUCGCCAGAUACAAGGGCGACGGAGGAAGAAUUGCGUCGAAAAGAAAAAGAAAGAGAAAGGAGCGCAAACAAUAAGCACAAGAAUCGCGUGGGGAGGUGGUGAAGAAAGAGGACAAAAUCUUUUUAGGGCCGCCGGGGGGGACGCAGCAGCAGCCAGCCUGGGCGGUCACCGCCUUGCGCGCCUGGCGUUCCUGGCUGCGUCGACUUCGGCCUCGUCGCCGGGGCCCGUCUGGUCUUGGCUCUUGCCUCCUGCUGUCUACGAUGCUACCACAGACCACGCUGUUUGUCUACAACCUACAACUGCUCCCCGAUCACGGCCAUUGCACGACUUUUCCCAUGGCCAUCGCGCAAACAAUGCAGAGACGAAGCAGCGGAAAACGACGAGAAACGACCGCACUGGCUGUCGGGAGUCGGCGGUCAGCCCCACUGCGCCGGCGAUCGAUUCUUGA